AUGGCUGCUGCUGCGACGACGACGACAAAAGCCAAGUCGGCCUCCAAGGCUGGCGCCAAUGGCAACUCGAAGCAGAAGACACAGAUGCAUCGCCGCUCAAGAACAGGGUGCUACACAUGCAGGCUGAGGAGGAAAAAGUGCGAUGAGGGCUCCCCCAUGUGCACAGCUUGCAAGCAUCUCGGUCUGGUAUGCGAAUACAAGCGGCCGAUGUGGUGGAGCAACAAUGAUAUGCGGAGGAAGCACAAAGAUGACAUCAAGAUGAUCAUCAAGCGCAAGAAGCUGUCGGAGAAGUCGUCCCACACGCACACGAUCCAGACCUCGGUUGGCUCACCACCGGGGCUCACGCACUCGCUCCCGACGUCGGCGACCUUCUCCGACUCGCUCGACCGCGCGCGAUCUGCCUCGAUUGACUCGCAUUUCGGCUUCAACUUCAACAGCCCGCACAGCUCGCACGACUUCGGGCCCUUCACGCCCCAGAUGAACCCUGAGUUCAUGUUCUCGCCAUAUUCCCCCUACGAGAUCGACGUGAAGACCGAGAGGCAAAUGUUCAUCAAUGACAUCCCGACACUACGCGAAUCAACAACAUCCACCUUCAGCACCUACGCCACCCCUCCGCCACCGGGCACCAUCCUGCCUCAAUUCCCUCUGGAAGGUGAAUGGACAGAGCAGGUGUACUCGGAGCGGAGGGAAUCUCUGACGGAGGAAACGCUGAACGUGAAUUUCUUCGACUUCUCACAUGGGCCAUCAACGUCAUCGAGGCAAGUGGCGAUUGAGCUUGAUGAGGGCGACCAGCGGUUGCUUGACCACUUUAUCCAAUUCGUGCUCCCGACCAUUUUCCCGAUUCUCGAGUCGAACCAGCACGGGUCGGUUAGUUCGGACCUCAUCCUUCCGGCGCUGCAGAACAACAAGGGCUACCUGCACUGCUGCUUGAGCAUCGCCGCACAACAUUACAAGGCCGCCAUGGCGCUCCAGGGUGAUGAGAUCGACGACGACAUCAUGCGCCACCGGUACGCGACCAUCUCCGCUCUCUGCGACGCGCUCAACAAGGACGAGGACCACCAGCAGAUCCUGGAGGCCGCGCUCGGCCUGAUCUUCUUCCAAUGCGGCGUCGGUCGCUUCGACGACUCGCUCCCCGACAUCCCCUGGCACCAGCACUUCCAGGCGGUUGUCUCGCUAGUUCAGAAGCUCGACCUACCCCGUAUCGUCUCGGAUCUCAAUGAGCCACUGAUGCAAGCACCCUUCAACAUGACGCUCACCGCGUGGAUUGACAUCCUCGGCGCCACCAUGCAGGGCCGCGCGCCGACCUUCGCGCACACGUACCGCGAGAAGCACCUGUCGCCGCCCGCCAACACGUCGCUCGGGCUCCGCGAGCUCAUGGGCUGCGAGGACCGCGUCAUGUACCUCAUCUCGGAGAUCGCCUGCCUCGAGGCGCUCAAGCGGGACGGCAUGGAUGACAUCACGCUUUGCCAGCACGUGCACGUGCUCGGCGACCAGAUCGGCCUGACCGAAAUCGGCGAGGGCGUGCCCGUGCUGCCCUUCAACGCCAAUGGCUCGCUCAGCCCCAAGCAGCUCAGCAAGAACAUCACGGCCGCCUUCCGCCUCGCCGCCCGCAUCUACCUCUGUAGUCUCGUCCCGGGCUUCUCGCCCGCCCAGGCGAGCUGCAUCGGCCUGGUCGAGAAGCUCACCGGCGUGCUCCAGCAGAUCCCCUCGGGCACCAACGGCUUCGACCGCUCGCUCGCGUGGGUCUACCUUGUCGGCGGGUCCGUCAGCUUGGCGGGCUCCUCGUUCCGCGCUUUCUUCGACGACCGCGUCGCGCAGCUGGGCGAUCUGGCCAACUUUGGCAGCUUCGGCCGUGUCGCCUGCCUGCUUCGCGAAGUCUGGCUGCAGGUUGACCAGCAACAACAGCAGCAGCAGGCUUCUUCCCCAGCGGCGGAAUCAUCAUCUCCGGAGGCUCCACAGCAGCAGCAGCAACAGCAAACGCAGCAGCAGUACAUCCACUGGAGGGAUGUUAUGCAGAUGAAGGGAUGGGAUUACUUGCUCAUUUGA